AGGAAACGCAAUUAUUUGAUGAGUAAUCGUUCUUCAAGAAAGGUCGAUGAUCGGAUAGCAAAUUGAAUGAGAACGCAACAAUUCAUGCGGUAAAAUGACGAUUACAUCCUGUUUAUUAAACACUUAUCAUCACCAUCAUCAUUGUCGCAUCAAAUUUGUUUGAUUAGCUCGACUAUUGUUCGCGUACAGAAACUUGGAAAAGAGAGCACCCGAAUUUUUAUUUACUUUUGAAACUUUUGAACAAACAUUUCACGUAAUUUAUUGUUAUUUCGGUGUGUUUUUUUUUGUGUUGCAAUAGAGAGAUGCCAGUAGCAACAUCAUCAGUCGUCGCUAAUUAAUAUUAAAUUAAAAUUUGUAAUUAAUGAAAGUUACAACAACACAAUCAAAUUUGUUCUGCUGAAUAAAAUUGCAUUGUUGUCGAAGUAGGCUGAUUCAAGUCAAAUAUUUAGACAUCAAGACAUAUAAAAAAUAAGUGCCUGCUCUUAUAUAACACGGACGAAAAAAAAUAGAAUAAAAUGAAACCACAUCACAAUUUAACGCCAAAAACAAAGCUAGUGUUUAAAUUUAUUUUCGCGCUCGGCGUUUGGUCGUUCCUCGUGCUGGGCCUCAUCAAGAUAAAUAAUGAUCAGAUGUUGCCGCAGCAGCAAAUGCCAGAGAUGCCAAUUAAUAGUAGAUUGCUGUUGCAAAAGGAGAGUAAAUGGACUGCGGCGGAAGGAACACCAAAGACAACCGAGAGAUUUAUGCAGAUGCUGACGGCGGAAGAGGUGCUCGUCGAUAAUCGAAACGGUGUCGACGACGAACAAUUAGUCAAAGAUUUGGAGUCGAAAUUACCUUCACUUCCGAUUGAGUAUUGGACGAAGCAUAAGAAUGUGGCGCCCAAGCAGUCAGGCUGUGCCAAAUAUCCAUCGAUUUUCGAAUUGGAGUUCAAUAAUAUUUAUUGGCAGACGCUCAAAACGACGAACGGAACUUUCCAACUAUUCAACGCCUAUUACGACAUCCGAAAGAACUCCCGCAUCGGUCCCGCCGUUCGUAUUCUCGGCAUGAUUGAUCGCAUCCAGCCAACGGUGCAAACCUACUGUCAAUUUUGGUUCGACGGUCAAAUGGAGCCGUUCAUCGUGAAAACCUUCGAAUACAAAUACGUCUGGUACAAAAAAUGGGGAAAUUACAAGCAAGGCAUUUAUCAGCCGUACUUGAUUGCCUGCCAAAUACCGAAGCCAUUCAAGGGACUCGUGCCGGCGUCGGUGUCAAUUGUCGAAAAUAAGUGUGACACUGCGACAAACAACCUGCGUGUGCUGUACAAUCGUCCCGAAGACGACAAAAAGAAGGGAUUUGCUGUUUGUGUGAAGGGCUUGGAUUUCUUGUACGACGAUUUGUCGGUCAGGCUGAUCGAAUGGAUUGAAUUGCUGAACAUUUUGGGAGCGGAUAAGAUAUUUUUCUACAAUUUACAAGUACAUCCAAACAUAUCAAAGGUCCUGGAUCACUACGAAGCAGAGGGAAAAAUUCACGUGACACCCUUGACGCUUCCGGGAGGUCUUCCGAACGUUCCUGGAUUCCAACAUUUGUACCUUUCGAAGAAAACAAACCACAAAAGACAGAACGAGUUGAUCCCCUAUAACGAUUGUUUGUACCAAAACAUGUACAAAUACGAGUUUAUCGCUUUGCUGGACAUUGACGAAGUGAUAAUGCCCAAAAAUGACGACAUGACGUGGCACGAUCUCAUGCGACGAGUCCUCCCGAAAGGGCUAAAAAUCAAAAAUGAAACAUAUCCGAGUUACAACGUGCGAAACGUGUACUUUUUCGAUAGUUGGAACCAUGAACACGGCUGGAAACGUGACAUUCCCAAAUAUAUGCACAUGUUACAGCACACCAUGAGGGCAGCAAAUUACACGAAACCCAAUCAAUAUGUCAAAUGUUUCCAUAAUCCGGAACGAGUUCUUACCUUGCACAAUCAUUUCCCGCUGGCUUGCCUCGGAGGCACUUGCCAAAGCUUCCCAAUUAGCACGGAAGACGCCCAUUUGCAACAUUAUCGCGCCGAUUGCGUUCGAACGCUGAAAAAAUCCUGCGAAGACUUCAAAGAGCAUCGUGAGGAAGACACGACAAUCUGGAAGUACAAAGACGAACUCGUGGAACGAACGAUGAAAACGCUCGACAAAUUGGGAUUUUUUAACAAUGUGAAGGGCUUGGGCAAGGAAUAUGAACGGUGAUCCACAGAAUUCGGGGGAAUCCAGAAUUUUUUGCAACUUUUUGUAAAUACUAUUGACGAAACGUGAUAAAAAUCGAACCUUUAAAAAAAAAUUAUUUAUAAAAAAAAUCUAGUUAAAUACUUUUUAGAUAGAAAAAAAAUGAAUCUUUUUUCAUCCAUUUUCAUUAAAAAUCUGACCUGUUCGGAAAAUCCUUUAAUCCUCGAAGAAGAGCAGGUCACAUAAAAAAGGCCAUAAAUAAAUCACAACUCAUAAUAGGAAAUAAAAAUAUAUUGGGUGAUAUAAAUAAAAUAAAAUAUAAAAAAAAUAAUGCGGGAGAAAAUAUUGGUCAAAAAAUCUUUUUUCUCAUUAAAAGCAAGUGACAAAAGUAAUAAAAGUCGUGCCCCAUAAUAAUGGUCGAAGAGGAGACAAGUCACUAUUAUUAAAUAUUAUUAUUUUUAUUAAACGAGAAGAAAAUUAAUUUUCUCAUAAA